AUGGCCAACGACCACUACCUAACGCUAUCCUGCCCGGACAAACCAGGGAUCAUCCACGCAGUCACAGGGAUCUUCGCACGCCACAGCCUGAACAUCCUCGACCUGCAGCAAUUCUCCGACCGCACGUCGGAAAAGUUCUUCAUGAGGGUACACUUCGGGCCUGCGCCGGAAGCGGGUACCGAGUUCCUAGUUCCGGACUUCCAAGGCCUCGCAGCGGACUUGAAGAUGGACUACGAGCUACGCGCCGUGGCCUCGAAACCAAAGGUCCUGAUCAUGGUGUCCAAGAUCGGGCACUGCCUGAACGACCUCCUCUUCCGGCAGAAGACGGGGCAGCUCGCGAUCGACGUGCCCGUCAUCGUGUCCAACCACCCCGAGUUCGAGUCGUUGGCGAGAUCCUACGGCAUUGAAUUCCACCACCUGCCGGUCACCAAAGACACCAAGCUGGAGCAGGAAUCCCAGAUCCUGGAGUUGAUCCGGAGGCACUCGAUCGAGCUGGUCGUGCUGGCACGGUACAUGCAGGUUCUCUCGCCCGGCCUGUGCAGCGCCAUGUCCGGGAAGAUCAUCAACAUCCACCACUCGUUCCUGCCGUCGUUCAAGGGCGCCAAGCCCUACCACCAGGCCUUCGAGCGCGGCGUCAAGAUUAUCGGCGCCACCGCACAUUUCGUCACCGCCGACCUCGACGAGGGCCCGAUCAUCGAGCAGCGCGUCGCCCGCGUCGACCACAACCUCACGCCCAAGGAGCUCGUCGACGAGGGCAGCAAUGUCGAGAGCCAGGUCCUCGCCGCCGCCGUGAAGUGGUGGAGUGAGCGGAGGGUCUUCCUAAACGGCAGCAAGACCGUGGUGUUCAACUAG